AUGGAGCUCUCUGAAGGCCAGGUUGCUGGCCCCACUGCAAAAGGAGCAGGGCUAACGACAUGUUUCCAGGUCGGGACUCUGCCCAGUGGCGACCUUCCAGUGUACUGCUGGGAACAGCCGGAGGAUAGCAGCUCGGGGACCUUACUCACCUUAGAGGAGCAGAUACUGAACUCCACAUUCGAAGCUUGUGACCCCCAGAGGACAGGCACUGUGACUGUGACCCAUGUACUCGCCUACUUGGAGACCGUGACAGGCCGGGGACCCCAGGAUGCACGUCUUCGAACACUGGCUUGUAGCCUGGACCCCAAUGGGGAAGGCCCCGGAGCCACUGUGGAUUUGGACACUUUCCUGACAGUCAUGCGGGACUGGAUUGCUGCCUGUCAGUUGGAGGGGGGAUUAGAGCUGGAAGAGGAGACUGUCUUCGAGGGAGUCCUGACCUCCCAGCAGCUGCCAUCUGGAUGUCGGGAAGCUGAGGAACCAGCCAAUCUGGAGAGCUUUGGAGGAGAAGACCCCAAACCUGAAUUGCCUGCCACAGCUGACCUUCUGAGCAACCUGGAGGACCUAGAACUCAGCAACCGGCGGCUGGCCGGGGAGAAUGCCAAACUGCAGCGCAGCGUGGAAACCGCCGAAGAGGGCUCAGCUAGGCUGGCCGAGGAGAUCUUGGCCCUGCGCAAACAGCUUCGCAGUACCCAGCAGGCUCUGCAGUGUGCCAAAGCUGUGGAUGAGGAGCUGGAGGACCUGAAAACCCUCACCAAGAGCCUGGAGGAGCAGAACCACAGCCUCCUGGCCCAGACCAGGCAGUCGGAAAAGGAGCAGCAGCAUCUGGCGGCUGAGAUGGAGUCUCUGCAGGAGGAGAACGGGAAGCUGCUGGCUGAGCGGGACGGGGUGAAGAGGAGGAACGAGGAGCUGACCCUGGAGAAGGACGCUCUGAAGCGGCAGCUCUAUGAGUGUGAACGACUGGUGUGCCAGCGAGACACAGCCCUGUCUGAGCGCACGCGCCAUGUGGACCGGCUGGCCAGGACCUUGGCAGAGUACAAAACGACCAACCAGGAGUUAAGGAAUGAAAUCUCACACCUGGAAGAGCAGCUGAGUCAGAUCCACAAGGGUCCUGAAGAACUACCUGAAGGGGCCCAGGAGAGAACAAUGGACAUGUCCAGGCUGCUGCCCCCCUCGCUGGGUAUGGAGAUCGGGGCGAUUCAGCAGAGCCAAGACAUGGCCGCCUCAGGUCUCUGCAAUCCUCUGUGUGGAGUGUGGCAGUGGGAUAACGGCUCCACUGAGACUGAUGAAGAAGCUGCAAUUUUCCCUGCAGCCCAGGGUGAGUCUGAGCACCCCGUGGAAGGACGGAAGGAACGCUCCAUGUGGUUGCCCAGAAGAGAGGAAAAGGAGGAAGAGGAAACCCAAGUCAUGGCCAAUCUCCCCAUUCCCCUGGGAGACCCCAACUGUGACAUCCCUGGCAGCCCUCCUGAGAGCCCUGCCCAGCCAGCACUGCAGCAAGCCCUGGUGCCGGUGGUGAAGGAGCUGGGCCCUGUGGUGCCACCGGUCUGGAGCCCACUCUGCAUCUGUCCCCUGCACCCUCCACAGCUCAGGGUACAACGGCACUCCGUGAUCCCUGCGCCCAUCCUGGGCAUGCUGCUGCUGCUGGUGCUCUCUGUGCUGCUGUUUGGCCAUUUGCAGCCCCCCACCUGGCCCCACCUCCAGCUCUACUACCUGCAGCCCCCACCCAUGUGAGCCGCCCCAUCCCUCAGCACCCCUCCUUCAGCGCCCUGCCCUCCUUUUCCCCUCCGAGUGCCCCAGAGCCAGGGGCCCAGAUGCAGUGUUUGGGAUCCCUGCCCCUUUAGGUUUUCACCUGGUUCACUUGGAUGUUUUUGACAUUGGCCACUAAUUUCCUAAUAAUGAAAACAUGUCCCUUGCUGGGUCAAACGUGAGGGGCUCUGUUUUCCUAAAACUGUCAGGAGGAGGGAAGUUGUGGGCCCAGAGUUCCAGGGUCUUAACAUCAGGGCAGGGCUG